CGUGUAGUGCCCGAUUUAACCAUCUAGUUUUGUUUGAUUUUCUUGAAACAACGCCGCGCUGAUAAGAAGUGUUCAAUUUGAGGCUAUAGAAACGGAGAUAUUGCGAAACAGAAACUCGGGACUCAUUGUUGCUUUAAAAGCGCAUGUUGUUUCGCUAACAGGACAGUGAGGAAAGGAGCAGAAGAGAUUCAGAAUAAGACCGUUGUUUCGCCCAUCUGUCAACCUCUAAUCAAUCCAGUCAUUAUCAACUUCGGGACUUUAACCAAUGCGUUUAUGGAACCUGUUGGAGAAAAUCGGUGUGUGGACCCAGGUCUGUCUCUGUCUCGGGGCAGGAGUGUGAUGGCUGAGCCGGACUAUCUGGAGGGGGACUGUGAGGAGAUGAUCAAACCCAAGAAGCUGUUGAAUCCAGUCAAGGGCUCCAGAAACCACCAGGACCUCCAUCGAGAACUCAUGAUGAACCAGAAGAUGGGCCUGGCUCCCCAGAACAAGCCAGAGCUCCAGAAGGUUCUGGAGCUGAGGAAGAGAGAGCAGGUUCUCAAGGCCCAGAGGGAGGAGCAGGAGGCCCACACCAAGAGGAGCGACCUGGAGAUAGAAUUAAUGAAGAGACAACAGAAACUAGAACAGCUGGAGUUGGACCAGCAGAAGGAUGAGGAGGAGCAGGAGAACACCCCUGAGUUUGUGAAGAUGAAGAGCAAUCUUAGGAGGACCAAGCUGGAGGCUAAUGGGGAGGAACGUACCACUUAGGGACCCAUGCGGUGGGGGGGGAUGUUUGAGAGAGAAGGAGAGGGCAACUGUGUACAUAGAGGUAUGUUUGUGCAGAGUCUAUGGCACAUGUCAUCUGAGGUGGACUUCACUUCCUGAUUCUGUUUUAUCUGACCCUGUUGAGAAAGACUACAGACCCUUUUGUCUGCCUACUAAAUACCAACAGUACUACAGACCUCUUUGUCUGUCUGCUACAGCUCUCACCACAGGCAGUGACCAAGGAAACUUAACCACCUCUGCUUCUCUCACCAACAGACAGACAGACUUUGCAGAGAAGACUAUCCCCUAUAGAGACUACACACUGCUUUGUCUGCCUGCUAUAGUACUCACAUCAGCAUCUCCACUCAAAACACAGACCGAGAGGAGACUUAACAUGGACACAAAACACGGAACAUGCUACAUGAAGGACAGCCAGCCAGCCAGUCUUCUUGGGAAGCCUGAUGCAGGGACAAACAGAACCCACACAGUUUCCAUUCCCUCUCUCCUGUCUGCUCCUCUCUCUCCGGCCACAGAAAGUUCUCCUUCUGUUAUUGUUGUCAUUGUUUUCAUUUUCAGAACCCAGAAUAGAAAAGCGGACACUGGAUGGACUCUUAAAGCUGUGUUUUGUAAAAAUGCCAAAUUAAUGUGCUGUUAUUUAUGUUUGUUUGUAGUAUUUUAGCCCCAUGUAGGGAGUGUGAGAGACAUCUGUUUAGUUUUACAGCUCAAUGUGUGGAACCUGAGCAGGACAAGACAAGUUUUUGUGUGAAAAAACACCCAGGUUACUUUUUAUUAUUUUUUAUCUCCAACAUACCAUUUCCUCAGCUAAUGCUAUUUGAAGCAAUACUAGAACCCUUUCCAAGUGUGAGACUUUUCUUUCUAUAAUUCUUUCUAUAAUUGUUUUUUUUUGUAUGAAUAAAAGUGACAUUAAAUCAG